CAGCAUGCAUUUCGGCAAGUCAUGACCCCUCUAGGGUAUACAAUGUUCUGUGGUCAUGACUGACAGAAAGCGUCAAAAUAAAAUGCUGAGACAGCUGUGAGUGGCAGAAGUAUUUGUUAUUUAUUAUUUAUUAUAAUUUACACACCGAAAUAUAAUGAAACAACAUAUUACACCUUAAAAUAUGAUAUUUAAUAGUAAUCUGUACAGUUUAAUCGAGAUUAUUUUUUAAUAUUUACGUUUAUUGUUAUGUAAUUUUAUUGGGAUUAUUACUAUUUGUUGUAAUAUAAUACUAUUAUGUGCUCAAUACCACCGCCUCCUCCGCCGCUACCGGCUCUGCCCGAAGUUGAUCCCCCACCGAAGGCCCUAUCCACCAAUCGUGUGAUGGACGAAUUAGGCGAUGCCUGUGCUUGGGCCUUAGAACAUCGUGAACUUAGAGAAGCUUGUAUCAAAUCCAGAAUAUGUCAGAAUAGUCCACCUUAUACAUACAAAUAUAAAUACUUUGAAUCUAUAUCACAAAUUGGUCCAACUUGUGGACUGGUUGCGCUAUCCAUGUUAGUAAACGGAGCAGUGAAACCAGAUGAAUUGCUGAAUAUUGCAAAGUUUAAAGGUUAUACAAGUAAUGGAGAGAUGUUCAGUUGCAAGCAAAUGGUCAAACUAGCAGAGGAGGUUUUCAGCUUACUUGAUAUAGAAAAUGUUAGAUGUCAAUUGCAAUGUGGAAACUUAUUUAGCCCUGAAACUAUCCAAAGACUUAAUAAUGGUGCUGUAUUGUUAGUUCCUUAUGAUGCAGAUGCCAAUCAUUCACCAUGUUUGAGGAAUGGCCACACUGCCCACUGGACCCUGGUUUGUGGAGUCAUAAUACCUGAAGACCCUGGGGAAAAAUAUGACAUGGACAUGGAAAAUGUCUUUGUCCUGUGCAAACAUGGAAAGUCCAAAUACCUAGCUGUAUGGGACCUCCGAGAUCUAACCCUCAGUAAUAGGAACCUCUUUGAGUUCUCACCAAAGAAAGGAGCUGAUGGACUGGUCUAUAUACUACCUGAAGAAGGAAUUGGAGGGAAAGAUGGUUUAAGGGACCAAUUUUUAAUAUUCGAAGGUUUUUAAACUGUUGUCAUUAUAAGCACAAAUGUGAAUUAUCAUCAAAAUAAGUAACUAUACUUGUGCAGUAUUACAUUUAAUUAGCAAUAAGUUGUAAAUGAUGAAUUUUAUAUUUAUCAUAUUUGUUAGAAUAUAAA